AUGGAAAUCACUCAACCACCUCUAGUAACUGCACCCAGCACUGACAACAAACGUCAAUGUAUCAAAAUCAAGGCACGUAUCAGGAUCAACGGAGAUCAGCUACCGUCACAGUCUGUAAUUCCAGCACAGCAACCAUAUCAAGCGUAUUGCGAGACGAUAACUUCAUCAAGACCUCAAAGUCCAGAUUUCUUUACCUCCCCUCCCACACAGCAAAGCUCUUCCCACCCUCCCCAGAACUCAAUCGCGCCUACAUACACUGCUCGAAUAAUCCAUCGGAAGAGAGAAGUGUCAAACGUGGUAUCCUCUCAGCACCCUGACCCAGUCCACAACACACCAACCACAUCGCUCGAAACGAUUCACGAAGGAAACAAACAAAACGUAUCAGCCAAUUGCUUACUUUCGGAGAGGGAAAAAAUUUCGGCAAGUCAACAACGGGCCGUUUCACAAUCAACAAUCGACUGCGGCAGCCACUUAGGAGCACCCGCUGACCAUAUGCCGCGUAACCGUACACUGUCACUUUCACAAGUACAACAAGAGAGCCUUCUUUCAAACCCAACGACCCAAACCAUCACGACGAAAACACCCUUGCGGCAAAAGCGAUAUGGAAGGAUGGAACACCGCCCGCUGCCUCCGUUGCCAUCACUGCCACCGGAAGUUUCUGUGGAUGCAACAAUUGAUCAGCGGGACUUUGGACAAAGAACAGUGAACUUCAGCCGAGGAGAGAUCGAAAAGAAAACGCCAAAAGUGCAAGAGCAGACAACGGCGCCACAUCUAGCAUGCGUCAACGCCUAUAUCCCGCCACCGACACUACCUCCACCCGGCCACCACCACAUUCACCUUCCAUCUGCAACGAUUGAACACGAACGCCCACUAUCUAAAGCCUCAAGACAAACCGUUACCUUUGCAGAUAACUCUACGCUUUCAUCUCGAAGCUCAUCGCUAGAUCACCACAGUAUCGACCAUACUCAUCAUCAAGUGCAGGCUUUGCGGCAGAGCAAAAGCUUCUCGACAGAUACACAAAUUCCCUCCUCCCUCCGCCUCUACAGGUCUCAUGACAGUUUGUUAGUCACGAACGGCGAUGGAACUAGCAAAACCGCACACGCUUCUAGACGCACUAUGCCAAAAGACUCCAAACACAAGUACAUCUUUGGCCAACGGCCAGCAUCCAAGAUGAUCCUAACACCAGGCCUCGGCCGAGCCAGCAACCAAAAAUAUAACCCUCGACUCAGCACUUCAAAAGCCCAGUACCGUGGUCUGCAGACGCUCCCACGUCCACUGCCCUCCUCACUGCGUGUCGGCGAACCACAAACAGGUCCACGCCAGCCGCCGUGGGGCUCGCUAGAGGAUCUGGAAGAGCAAAGAGAGAAGAGGGGCGAUGCAAGGGAGCGUGUCCAAGCCAAGCAGUUUCGAUCUGCUACCCUGAGUCAGGCUACUACAGUUGGCUCGACGGAUAGCUUCGGCAAGGAGAAGAUGAAGAAAGAGGUUGAAGAGUAUAAGGAGCAGGUCAUGAGUGUGUACCCGGAUAUGACGUUUGAUGGGAAUGCGGGAAGAGGUGGACGACGGAGUUGCUGUUGUGUGGUUAUGUAA